UUAUUAUAUUUUUUACUCCAGACCUUGUAAACAACUAGAUCUACAACUUUUUAAGAUACAUCAUAAAAUCCAAAUUAUUAAUGAAGAUUAACUGACUUAACUGACACCAUGAACCCACCAAAUAUCUGUGCUCCGAUCGUCAAGUGUCUAGAGAAUGUGUGGAAUGACAAAAUGUUCUUUGACUUUAGUGUCAAGAUCACCGACGUAACAAUCGAAUGUCAUCGAGUCAUCCUAGCGGGCUGUUCGGAUUUUUUUCGCGGACUUUUCCGUUCUGGCAUGAGGGAAGUCACAGAGAACUGUGUUGCUCUACAAGAUGUCUCCUGCGACGUUUUUCAGUUAAUUUUAAAAACAAUAUACACAGGUGAAAAUAUUUUAAAUUCAGAAAAUCUUUUUGAAGUAUGGCGAGCGGUUCAUCAGCUGCAGAUUACAUUCAUGGUCAAUCUGUGUGAAAACUUUGCAAUUGAAUUAAUAGCAAUGGAUAUUUGGGAGAAAAUUUACACUAAUGCAAGUAUUUUGGGUUCAGAAAGAGUUCUAAACCAGACGUUUACAUUCAUGUUGAAUAAUUUUGACCAAAUUAGUCUGUCGUUAACAUUUCUUCAACUGUCUUACACUGAAGUUCGUGAUUUGGUCAAAAACCAAGCGCUCGUUGUCAGAAGUGAGGAUGUAGUUUUUGGUGCUGUAAUCAAGUGGGUAGACCACGCACUAAUCGAUGGAACUAAUCAAUACGUGGAUUUAUCUAAUGAUUCGAAAACUACGAUUGACAAUUCCAACUUCAUAUGUGAAACGGAUACGUACCAGAGUGAAAUUAACGUAAGUGUCCAAAAUCUAAAUCAAGAAACCUACAAUGAAUUAGACUCUGGCGUUGAGAUACUCAACAAUGAUGACAGUUCAUCCAAUGAUGUUGCAGUAAAGAGGAAUAGUUCUAGAAAAGAUAAGCUUACGUCAUUGCUGAAGUUGGUGAGGAUUUAUCAAAUCGUGAACUUCCUUGAAAGAAAGUUGUAG